GCCAUUCGCGUUUGCAAGGCGGGGACGUUUAUUUAACCCUUUUUACGCUGAAUAAAGUUGCUUUGUAUUUCGCAUUUCCACUGCUUGAAAAAAACGAGUGUCGGACUUAAUAAGUGUUGUUCUAAUAUGUGAUUAUCGUCAAAAAUCCAUCACCGAACCAGAUAAAAAUAUUUGCAACAUUGACGAGAAGUUAAAAACCUUCAACAAUGUCUCUUUGGGCCAGGGCACAGCAGUUACCACCCGAAAGCCUGCAGAAGGUGCGAGCAAUUUACGGGGACCAUUUCCCGAUUGAAGUGCGUCAUUGCCUGGCAACAUGGAUCGAGAGCCGUAUUUGGACGCAAGAACCUGAAGAACAGCAGAGGUUCUUCGUGGAGGAGCUAGUACAAGAACUACACACGCACACAGAGCUGAUGCUGUCGCCAGAAAUGUUCGUCACCAAGAUGAAGUUGAUAGAAGCGGCCAAGAUAUUUAGGAUGCAGUAUGGGCACGCGCCUCACGAACUGUACACUUACAUGCGGCGUUGUCUCGCUAUGGAAAUGGAGGUGAUACAGAACGCUAUGGGCCCGUAUGUAGCCCAGCCGCAGACUGAACGGAAGUAUAGUGAGCUUAUAACAGGUCUGCAAAACGUUCGUCAAAAAGUGAACAUGGCGAGCGAAGAGAUACGCAGCUUGCAAGCGAACAUUGAAUCUUUUUCGCUGCAAUACCACGAGUGUUUGAAGAAUAAAGGACACAUAAAUUACUUGCAACAGUCCGGACCGAUGACGAACGAACGUCGCGAAUUGGAAGCGUGUCUCAGAGUUCAAAUUGAGGAAAUGGAGAGGAAAUUGAACGCUUUGGUAGCGCAAAUAAACCAAUCUCAAAUGGAACUAGUUGAUCACAUGAAGGAUAACAUCGCUAACCUUCGUCAACUGCAGAGUCAAGUUUUGGACGAGGAGCUUAUCAAAUGGAAACGCGAACAGCAGUUAAGCGGUAACGGUGUCCCCAUGCAAUCAAAUCUCAACACCAUACAAGAAUGGUGCGAAUUACUAGCUGAUUUGAUAUGGAGCACCCGGCAGCAAGUGAACAAUGUUGCUAGAAUCAACAGCAAGACGAUUGUGGAGUUACGUCAGCCACAUCUAGCUGAGAUGCUCGAUGAGAUGAGCAAGCAGGUAACAAGCUUGCUAUCAACUUUGGUGACAUCUACUUUCGUUAUCGAGAAGCAGCCGCCGCAAGUUAUGAAAACCAACACACGUUUUACGGCAACCGUUCGUCUGUUAGUCGGCGGACAAUUGAAUGUACACAUGACACCCCCCAGAGUUACUGUUGUCAUAAUAUCGGAACAACAAGCCCAGCUGCUCCUAAAGAGCGACUCGCAGAGUGGUCGCGGGAAACAGCCGGUCGAAUGCGGGGAUAUAUUGAACAACAGCGGGUGUAUGGAGUACCAGCCGACUAGCCGGCAGUUGAGCGUCAGUUUCAGGAACAUGCAAUUGCGUAAAAUAAAACGCGCCGAGAAGAAGGGCACGGAGAGUGUCAUGGACGAAAAGUUGACUCUGCUGUUCCAGUCCGAGUUCAAUGUGGGCGGCGGAGAGUUGGUGUUCCAGGUGUGGACGCUAUCCCUGCCCGUGGUGGUGAUAGUGCACGGCAACCAGGAGCCCCACGGGUGGGCCACGGUCACGUGGGACAACGCGUUCAGUGGGCCUGGGCGGGUGCCCUUCGCUGUACCUGACAAGGUCACUUGGGGCCAACUCGCGGAAACUCUGCGCAUCAAAUUCUGCUCAGCCACGGGUGGGGAUCUUUCCGAGGAUAACCUGAGAUUCCUCGCUGAGAAGAUAUUUAGUAUCACGACCAGGUCGAGUCUGCCCCUGAGUGCCCUAGAGCUGAACGCGACCACGGUCAGUUGGACCCAGUUCUGCAAGGACGCCCUGCCCGAGAGGAACUUCACCUUCUGGGAGUGGUUCUACAUGGUGGUGAAGGUCACCAGGGACUAUCUGAGGACGCUGUGGUGCGACCGGCUAAUCAUGGGAUUCAUACAAAAGAAGCAAGCCGAGGAGAUGCUCGCAAAGUGUCCUCCGGGAACGUUCUUGUUGCGUUUCUCCGAUUCUGAACUCGGCGGCAUCACUAUUGCUUGGGUUGGGGAGGGCAACGAAGUGUUCAGCCUGCAGCCGUUCACCUCCAGGGAUCUGAUGCUGCGUUCCCUGGCCGACAGGAUCCUGGAUCUGGCUCAGUUGCAGUUCCUCUACCCCAACGUGGCGAAGGACGAUGUCUUCUCGAAGUACUACACUAAACCUGAGAACGAGAUGCUCAAGAACGGCUACGUGAAGCCGGUGUUAGUGACAACGUUGCCGCCGUACAUGUCCCCGUCGCCCGCGUACGCGCAUUCGCCCGACUCGCACAGGAACACGCCCAGCGUGCAUACUAGCUACUUCAGCGCGUCAACACCAGCGCAAACGGAUAGCAGCUUUAUGGACAGCGAGCUGUUUGAACAAAUACGCGCGUUCGAGCCGGAGGGCUUCGACGAUUUCGAGUUCUACGGUGGCAAUGUUAGUAUGAAGUGAAUGCAGAUGCCUAAAAAACCAGCCAUAAACAAGAUGUAACUGUGCCAUAGACGCAGCAAACGCUAAAUUAAAAAAAAAAACUUUUCACACUUAAAUUUACUUAUAAAAAAUCAAUAUAAUGGUGACCUUAUUUCUUAAGAGCUGAUUUUUCAAUCCUUGGUUAAUACUUAUUCGACGAAUAACGUACUAAACUACCAUUUCAAAAAUGUAUUCUUUGGCCGUAUUUGACAGUUUACGGGUGACAUUUUAAUAUCAUCGUGUAAUACUUUAUUGGGCGGAUAAGUUUUAAACUAUGGAUUGUAAAAUCGGCCCUAAAUAAAGAUAUAUUUUUAAUAAUGGUUACCAAUGACAUUGUUUUUUUUUUGACAUACGUCAAAAAAGGCGCGAAGUGUGUCAUUGGUUGUCUAUGAAUGUCUUUGUGAGUUUCAAUGCAAUAAUUGUAUUACAAACACCUGACAAAUCUAUAUUUUAUUAUUAUAUAAGAGAUUUUUUUAUUAGUCAUUGUUUUCUUAGCUUUAGUUUAUAUAUAUGUAAGUUUAAUGGUUUUUUUAUUGGUUCUAGCUAGAGCUUUUAUUAAUGAAUAAGAGAGAAAUUAAAUAUUAGGAUGGGUUUACAUGAAAAGUUGUUAAACACAUAUUAUAAAAUAUAUCUGACCGCCUCUUUCGCCUGUGAGCGUCAAACCGGAGGUUCUGGGUUCGAUUCCCGGUGGAGACGAAGAAGAAAAUGUCUCAGUCUGACAAGACACAGAAGGCUGAUCCCACUUGUCCCUAAAGAAAAUCGAUCAGUGAAACAGAUGUAUGCAUAACGCAUCUGCCCCUUACCCCACUACGGGGACACGGGAUUUCAUUUAUAAAAUAUAUCUAAAUAUUGAUGAUGACAUGACAUUAAAAAUCUAUAUAGUAUGUUAUAAUAUGUGAUAAUAAUUGAUUAUUAAAAUAAUUGCAAUCAAUUUCGAUAUUUCUGCAAAUAGUCAUACGAUAGGCAAUUUUUGAUUUUGUAUAAUUAAUUACCAUGAGCAAAAUUUGAACAGUACAAUAAUAAAAAAGUGACAUCUUUUGACAGAUUUUUUUUAAUGGUGCCUUUUUAGCCAAGCGUCAAAAUAUUGAAGGAUAGAUUAAAAAAAUAAAGGCUAGAGAAAAUGCAAAUGGUGUUCAAAUUAAAAUCAGGUGCCUAUUUUAGAAUUUAUUCGUUGAUUACAUUAAAAUAGAUUUAUUGAAAUUAAAUGUAUAUUAGUUAUAUUUGUUAGUUUAGUGCCAUUAUACCAGUAUAUAUUUUAUUAAAUAUAUAGACAUAUGAAAAAAAGAGGUGUCAAAGAACGCCCGGAUGGAACGAAGUUACUAAAAUAACUGACUUGCUUAUGAGAGAGAUAGAUAAACACGCGCACGCCGCACGGCUUACAACUGUAGCAAAAAGUGUUCUUACAACUUGUCUUAAAUUCCGUCUAGCCCGCUUUCGCAACUCGAAGGAACUUCGUUCCAAUAUUGCAUUUACAAAUAUUGGUGUUUAAUUGAGAUUUUUUAUUACAUUUGGUGCUUUUAUUGGCCUUUUGUAAACUUUAUGAUGUUUAAUAAAUAUUAUAUUAAACUUAUAACUUUUGUUUCUUCCUUGUAAUAAUUAUUGUGAGUGUAAUAAUUUGUAGUCACAGAUUAAAAAUGCUUUUAGAGUUAUAGAUAUAACGGUAUUGCCAUUAUAAUAUGUUUCAAAUUUUCUUAUAGCUAUUAAAUAAAAUAAUUAUGUAUCUAUUAGUUUUCAGAGGAAUGUUUUUUUUUUAUGAAUUUACUAUGUGUAUUUUUAAUACUUACUCAAAUUAUCAUAUGAUGUAUCUUAAAAUAUCUCCGUGGUAGAGUGGUCGUUUUUAAUAUUAUAAAAAAAAUCUUCUAUGUUCUUUUCCUGAUUAAAUUCGUGUUUUUUUUUUAUUUUAUUUAAGAUAAUAUCGUUGUAUCUAUAUAAAAUGUAAAACCAAUUAUAAUUUAUGUACAUAACAAAUUGAUAAUGUCUUCUAUUCUUAAUAUUUUAUGUAAUAGAACCUUAUUUUUUAAUAAAUGUUCAUUUUUUA